AUGUCCCUUGAGCAAUUGAGCCUGGCUCCGGGGCCCGCCGACGGCGAGACUGACGGCCGUCAGCAAUCCGCCGAUGAUGCCAGCAAAGUUGCUCGGCUGCCACGGUGGACCAGACAAGAAAUCCUAGUGCUUAUACAAGGCAAAAGGGUCGCUGAGAACAGGGUUAGGCGGGGCCGGGCAUCCGGGUUGGCGUUCGGGUCGGCUCAGGUCGAACCCAAAUGGGCAUCUGUUUCAUCCUACUGCAAAAGGCAUGGGGUAAACCGGGGCCCGGUCCAGUGCCGGAAAAGGUGGAGCAAUUUGGCGGGGGACUUCAAGAAGAUAAAGGAGUGGGAAUUGAAAAUAAGGGAGGAAACGGAGUCGUUUUGGGUGAUGAGGAAUGAUUUGAGAAGGGAGAGAAAGUUGCCGGGGUUUUUUGAUAGGGAGGUUUAUGAUAUACUUGAUGGAGGCGAGGAGGAGGGAGCUAGUGGGCUGGCCUUGGCGCCAUCGGCUGUGCCAGUGGGUGAUCAGGGUGGUAAAGAAGUGGAGGCAGAGGCUUUGUUCGAUAGUGGGCGGAGCGCGGCUGCAGAUGAUGGGUUAUUCUCGGAUUUUGAGCAGUCAGGUCAGGAGGAGGUUGGUGAGAUUCCCGGACGGGAUAAGGAGAAUCCGGUGAAAGGUAUACCCGCUCCGACUCCCAUCUCAGUUGCAGAGAAACAGCAUCAGUCAUUUCCUCAAGAACCUCCUGAUCAAGGCACAAGUCAUGAGAAACAAAAUACCUCAGAACCUGAGAUUCGGAACCCUGAGGACACAAAGAAGAGGAAGCGAAAUGAAACUGGUGAAGAAAGGGAAACAACAAAUAUGCAACAUAGGUUGAUUGAAGCCCUGGAAAGAAAUGGGAAUUUGUUGAGCUCUCAACUUGAAGUUCAAAACUCUCAUCUUCAGUUGGACAGGGAGCAACGCAAGGACCACGUCAGUAGCUUAAUUACAGUCCUCAACAAACUUGCCGAUGCCUUGGGAAGAAUUGCCGAUAAGCUGUAG